AUGUCGACAAAAUCAAAGAGCAGCGCUCCUGCGCAAAAGAUUGAAUUGUUCUCGCCUACGUAUUUUGCAGCAUGCACAUUAGGUGGUAUCAUUGCUUGCGGUCCGACACACACCUCCGUCACACCCCUCGACCUGGUCAAGUGCCGCCGUCAAGUAGACUCCUCUCUUUACAAGUCUAAUAUCGAAGCCUGGAAGAAGAUCUACAGUGCUGAAGGUCUGCGGGGCGUCUUCACCGGUUGGGCUCCUACCUUUGUGGGCUAUGCAUUCCAGGGUGCCGGAAAGUAUGGUUUCUACGAGGUCUUCAAAUAUUACUACGGCGAACAGCUUUUCCCGAAUGCCCCCAAGACUAUAGUCUAUCUGGGUGCAUCGGCAUCGGCAGAGUUCUUGGCCGAUAUGGCCUUGUGUCCAUUCGAGGCCAUCAAGGUCAGAAUGCAGACUACCAUUCCACCAUAUGCCAAGACCCUCCGCGAGGGAUGGAGCAACGUCGCUCAGAAGGAGGGCGUGUCUGGCUUGUACAAGGGUCUGUAUCCUCUGUGGGCGCGACAAAUUCCCUACACCAUGGUCAAGUUUGCAACAUUCGAGAAGGCCGUCGAGAUGAUCUACAAACAAAUGGGCAAGCCCAAGGAGUCAUACAACACCCUCCAGCAGACGGGCGUCUCCUUCUUGGGUGGUUACAUUGCUGGUGUUGGCUGUGCCGUUGUUUCGCACCCGGCAGAUGUCAUGGUGAGCAAGUUGAAUGCCGACCGGAAGCCGGGCGAAGGGGCCAUGACUGCAGUUGGCAGGAUUUACAAGAACAUUGGUUUCACUGGGUUGUGGAACGGUCUGCCAGUCCGUAUCUUCAUGAUCGGCACCCUGACUGCCUUCCAAUGGUUGAUUUAUGAUUCCUUCAAGGUGUACUGUGGACUUCCUACAACUGGUGGACACUAG